AGCAUCAUGGCAGCUUACAUGAGCCGACCAACUGCGAGACGCAUCGUGACAUUUGUAACUUUUAGCCGUGUUCAUACGUUAAGAAUCGCCCGUUGUCAGGUCUUCAGUCACAACGUUAAAGGUUACAGUGGCUGUUCAUCCGGGUCGUUCUCCUCAGAGUCUCCCACUGCUGAUUCUGUUGAGACUGUCGCGCAGUAUAACCGCCUGGUUGAGUGUGGCUCUUUGAGGGAAGAUGCUCUGCAGAGGGGUGUUCUCCAGCGGCUGGCUCGCCUGCAGCGGACCCUGCAGAACUACAGUAAUACCCCCUACUUGGACACGCCUGCCCUGACAAUAAUCCCCAAUGCUGAUCGUCAGCAGAAAAGGAAGGACCCCUGCCUUACAGCAAAUGAAGAAUCUGCUCAUGAGGAAGAAGAUGCUACACCACCCCCGCCUAAAGGGUUCUACAUAUACGGGGAUGUUGGCACGGGGAAGACCAUGCUCAUGGAUAUGUUUUACUGCGGGGUGCACAACAGCCACAAAAAGCGAGUCCACUUCAACGCGUUCAUGCUGGACAUCCACCAAAGGAUCCACCGGAGGAAACAAAGCCUGCCGAGACGAAAGCUGGGCCGCAUGUUUACCUAUGACCCCAUAUCGCCCGUCGCCGUGGAGAUCGCCCAUGAAACCUGCCUCUUGUGUUUUGAUGAGUUUCAGGUGACGGACAUCGCCGAUGCCGUGAUUUUGAGGCAGCUUUUCCAGACGCUGUUCGAGACCGGCGUGGUGGUGGUGGCGACCUCCAACAGAGCCCCCGACGAUCUGUACAAAAACGGACUUCAGAGGGACACCUUUCUACCUUUCAUCGACGUGCUGAAGGAGUACUGCCACACCAUCUGCCUCAACUCGGGUGUGGACUACAGGAGGCUGCACAAGACUGGACCAGGGAAACGUUUCUUCUUGACGGGAGAGCCCGGUGCAGACGCCGCCUUGGACGCGAUGUUCGACGAGCUGGCUUUCGCCCAAAAUAGCCCCGCCGGUCCUCGGGUGCUCACCGUGCUGGGCAGGCAAGUGAGGCUGGCGAAGACCUGCGGCUCCGUCGCGGACUGCACUUUCCACGAGCUGCGCGGCAGAUCUCUCGGCGCCAGCGACUACCUGGCGUUGGCGCGGGUCUUCGACGUUGUGUUCAUCCGGCGCGUUCCCAUGCUGACGCUGCGUGCGAAGGACCAAGUCAGGCGCUUCACCACCCUCGUCGACAACCUCUACGAUAAUAAGGUGAGGGUGGUGCUACAGGCCGCAGCGCCGUUAGAUCGGUUGUUUGUCCACACGGGAGGAGAGGAUGAGCGGGACCAACAGCUCUUGGACGACUUGGGCCUGAAGGAGGAGGCGGCGGCGCAUCUGUCCCUUUUCACGGGCGAGGAGGAGAUCUUUGCCUACCAGCGGACCGUUUCCAGACUCACAGAGAUGCAGACGGACAAGUACUGGAUGGAGGGGGAUCGUAGAACCACCAAGAAACACUCCCAUACAUAAUUCUGAAAACCAGUUAUGUAAACUGUAUAUAAUAAAGCCGCAUGCAGAUUUUUUAUUUUAUUUUUUUUUCCCCAAAUGUGAGCUACCUCACACAUUGAUGUACUUCACAUACCCAAGAACACAACACACCACAUGGAUACCAGCUUUAUAGCACCAAGACUAGCCACACAUCAUCCAGACUACGGCGAACAUGCAAAUUCCACACAGCAGGGCGUGACCACGGAUUCCAAGCCCAACAUAUUAAAGCAAUAACACAUUCAAUUGGGAAAAAAAUGGACUUACUUUGACGUCAUUACUUCUCCCCAAAGUGCUUUCUUCGCAGUGAUAUGUUUAAUUCUGAGCUGUUUGAAACCAGGCUUAACCUUGGAGGUUCACCCCGAAUUUAUUUUCAAUAAAUCAUGUCCAAAAAGCUAAUUGAAACAAAAUUGCUGAUCUCAACAAAUUAAGCCCACGUGCAGAGUAGUUGGCUGCUGGCCCCUGGUGUUGAAAGGAGGGAACGUAUCAUGUAUUUAUUUUUAAGCACAAUGUGUUGGGUUUUGCUUUUGUUGCUAUUGUGCCAAACAUAUAUAUGCGUUCAUCUGAGAUGAUACGCUGUGGCGAUCCUGAAAGGGACAAGCCGAAAGGAAAACAACAACAACAACGUUAUAGUAUUAUCGUUACUAUUAUAACUUACAGUGCCAGCCAAGACAAGGAAAUAAAGACUGACACAUUUUGGA